AUGGAGCCCUCAGAGAAAACAAAAUUAGUCAAGCAGAGAGGUGUACCAAAGGCCACUCUCGCGUGCUUAGCAAGCUUUGUGCAGUCUGCAGACAGUGCCAGCAUCGAAAUGUUGGAAUCAAAAUUAAGUCGACUGACUUGGAUUCAGACUGAUUUUGAGUCAUCUCAAACACUGCUGCAAAUUGAAGACAAAUCAGCAGAUCAUAGUAAGGACAGGGCAGAAUUCGAGGAUUCGUGGGACUUUGCUGAAUCCACUAUCAAGGGUUCAAUGAAGAGGUACACCCAGCUUCCACAGCCUUUGGGCUCGAAUCCAUCAGGAAGUGUCAGUUCUUUGAAACCGCCCGCUAUUAACUUGCCAAAUUUUGAAGGUGACUACCUUAAGUGGUCAUCAUACAGGGAUCCUUUUUUGAGUCUCAUUAUGAAUAACAAUUCAAUUGAUGACAUUCAUAAAUUUCAUUACCUUAAUUCGUCUUUGCGAGGUGAAGCUAAGGAGCUUUUGAAACAUAUACCUGCCACAGCUGGAAAUCUAUCGAUAGCCUGGGGACUUAGUACUCAGAGGUAUAAUAACCCAAAAAUAAUUGCAGCCAGACAUGUUAAGGCUUUGUUGGCCUUGCCUACAGUUGGCCAUGGCACAGCGAGCGAUUAUAGGCAACUAAUUAAUCACAUAUGCAGCCAUUUGAAGGCCUUAGAAGCUCUCAAACCUGAUGUUCCAAUUCAUGAAGUUAUUCUUUUGGAAGAGAUUCUGUCUAGUAUGCGACCCACAGAUCGUCAUGAGUGGGAGGUAAAGAUGUCUGGGUCAACAUCUACAUCUACAUGA